AUGCAGCAGGGUGAUAGAGAGCAAGCACAGAGAGAUAGAGAGAUAGAGAGAGAGAGAGCGCGUCGCGAGAGCUGGAGCAGCAAGCUUGAGGUUGAAGAGACGAAGUUGAGAAAACGGCGGAAGAAAGGGAAGAAGAGGAAAAGAAGGAAGAAGGAAGAAGGAAGGAAGAAAAAAGGCGAGACGACGCAGCAGGAGAGGAAAAAAGGCGCCAGGAGGGGCAAAAAGUGGGUCGGCGAGCGGCAGGCGGUGAUUGGCUGGCUGCUGGAUUGGGUAGUUAUUAUUGUUUGCUUGGGCUGGACAGGGCGAGGAGGAGGAGCAACAACAAGAAAGCAGAAGAAGACGACGACGGGGACGGGGACGGGGACGAGGGACGGCGAGACGAGAUAA